AUGAAUGCUCCUAGAGCACCUCGGAGGUCGUUGUUUGCAGCAGUAUCAGCUGUCUCACUAUUCAUUUUGGCUCUGUUUGUUGCAUCCAACCUAAACGGCCCGGCAAAGCGUAAUGUCUUCGAUAUACGCAGUGCUAGGCACAACGAAACUCCUUUAGUCACCAAGCCGCGUGCUACAGGAGCAGGUGACAAGUACCUACUAGGUGUUGGAAAGGCCGAUAUCACUGGGCCCGCAGUUGAGAUCAAUUUCGCUGGCUAUGCCGACACGGCUCAGACAGGCACCGGAAUCCGUCAGCGAAUCUACUCCAGAGCUUUUAUUGUUGGCGAUGUGAACAAUCCUGCCGACCGUUUUGUCUAUGUGAUCUUAGAUACACAAGGUGGCGAUACGGCCGUCCGUUUUGGUGUCUUGGAGGGCGUUGCUGCUCUUGGCUCUGAAUACUCCGUCUAUGGUCAGUCGAACGUGGCGUUGAUAGGAACCCAUUCACAUUCUGGUCCGGGCGCCUGGUUCAACUAUUUAUUGCCUCAGAUCACCAGCUUGGGCUUUGAUAAGCAAAGCUAUCAGGCUAUUGUUGAUGGAACGGUACUAUCUAUCAAGCGCGCACACGAGUCGCUUGGAGAGGGCUACCUUGAUUUUGGAACCGUGGACAUAGACGACGGAAACUUGAGCCGUAGCUUGUAUGCCUACAUGGCCAACCCUGCGUCCGAGAGAGCUCAAUACUCAGAUGAUGUCGACAAGACAAUGACGGUCUUGAAGUUCCAGCGUGCUUCAGAUAGCAAGAACAUCGGUAUUCUUACGUGGUUUCCUGUCCAUGGUACAUCUAUGCUCGGCAACAAUACGCAUGUUUCUGGAGAUAACAAGGGCGUCGCGGCCGUCAUGUUUGAAAAGAACAUAGCAAAUGAUGCUAGUGCCGCAGAUGACUUCGUGGCAGGCUUCUCGCAAUCUAAUGUUGGUGACACCACGCCGAACGUGCUAGGCGCCUGGUGCGAUGAUGGAUCUGGUCAGCAAUGUAGUUACGAAAAUAGUACGUGCGCAGACGGAAAAUCGCAGUCUUGCCACGGCCGUGGCCCCCUAUUCGCCAAACUAGAUCUCGGAGUUUCAAGUUGCUACGAAAUGGGGCGACGUCAAUAUGCUGGAGCCAAGUCGGCCUACGACUCUUUUAGCUCCUCAGGUACACCCGUUGUAGGCACUUCUGUCAAGUCGUUCCAUUUCUACCAAAACAUGUCCUACUAUAAGUUUCCAUUGGACAACGGUACAGUUGUCCAGAGCUGCCCUGCCGCUCUGGGUUACUCAUUCGCUGCUGGAACUUCAGACUGGCCGGGAGCGUUUGAUUUCACGCAGGGAGAUUCGGGAACUCCAAGCGCAAACCCGAUUUGGGCAAUUGUCAGUGGCCUGUUGAGGGAACCUUCGGCAGCCCAAAAGGCAUGCCAGGGUGCCAAACCAGUUCUUCUCGACGUUGGUGAGCUCGAUACACCCUACGCUUGGAGUCCGAACAUAGUCGAUGUGCAGCUGCUGCGUGUCGGACAAUUUGUCAUCAUCGUGAGCCCUAGUGAGGCGACCACGAUGGCAGGCCGCCGCUGGCGCAACGCUGUCAAGAAUGCUGCCGCCAGCAUCAUCACCGAUACGGAACCGGUCGUUGUUCUAGGCGGUCCCGCGAAUACAUACGCCCACUACGUGGCCACGACCGAAGAGUACGGCAUUCAAAGAUAUGAAGGAGCCUCAACUUUAUACGGCCCGUUCGAAUUGAAUGCUUACAUCAACUUGACCGCUGGCAACAUCCGGUACUUAGCCCCAACCGCUACCGGCUCUCCGCCUGCCGGACCUUCACCUCCUGACAAUCGUGACAACUCUUUGAGCUUUAUCACGGGAGUUGUUCAGGAUUCAGCCCCUAUUGGAUUUUCCUUCGGUAACGUGACAGUUCAGCCAAGCUCCACAUAUGCUCGCGGUGCAGUCGUCAACGCCACCUUCGUCGGUGCGAAUCCUCGCAACAAUCUCCGUCUCGAAGGCACUUUUGCCGCAGUCGAAAAGCAGGACGGCUCUACCUGGAACCAGGUGAGAGAUGAUAGCGACUGGUCGUUGGUCUAUACUUGGAACCGUACGAACUUCAUCCUUGGCUAUAGCGAUGUGACUAUCAGCUGGGAGACUGAGUCUACUGCGGAUCCAGGUACCUAUCGUAUCAGAUAUUAUGGAGACUGGAAGAAUCUGAUCGGAGGAGGAAUCACUGCGUUUACGGGCACGAGCAACAGUUUCAAAUUGACUUGA